CUGAACACGCGCGUUUUCUUAUAAUAAGUUGGUAUUGAUAUCUAGGGCUUUUUAAAAUACAAAAUAAACAUUAACACCGGCUUUUUUUCAAGGGCGACCCUUUUAUUUAUUACUUUAAAUAUAGGCUAUUUAAAUAUCAGUGUUUAAAAUUAUGUUUUCGAAUAAAUAGAGAGGAGAAGAUAAUCAAUACGUUAAGCCAUUCAUUUUAACAAAAGACUCUCAAUAAACUACGUAAAAUAUUUAAAGCAUUUAUAUUACUAUUGGAUAUAGGACGGUUAAGUUGUAAACUUGCAUUUGAAUUAGAAGGAAUAUGUCGGGCAGACGUACGCACAGAGGAGCUGACGAUAGCUUCUCGUUAGCAGACGACAAAAGAAAAACCGGAAUGGAGGAUUUAGUGUUAAUUGUAGAAGGGAAAAGAGUGAAAACCAAUAGUGGUCUUUUAAGUUACAACUCGAAUGUUUUUGCUUCACUUAUAUCAAAUGCACUUUUAGCAAAGAACGCAGACGAAGAUGACGUCAUGGAUAUAAUGAUGCGUCAGGAAACAAAUGAAUCUCAACAAAAGCUUACGCUUGAAAUGCCAAAUGUGAAAUAUAAAGAUGUUAAAGUUAUGAUUGAAUGCCUUAUGUUCAUAAGCACUUCAACAGAAGACUUAACAGCCACUAAAGCAUUGCGAAUUUUGCCUCUGGUGGAAAAUUUCCGAAUAAAGCGUUUGAAGAAGGCAUGUGGUAAGACGCUCUACGAUUCCAUUAUUGCUAUGAGAAAAGAUCUUGGAACAGGAAGUCUCCCAACACGUGACUUGCUCCAAUAUUUGGCCGCAGCCGACGUGUACAACUUUGAUAAGCUAAGAAGAGUAUGUAUAGAUGAACUGGCCAGAAACAUUGAUCCUAAGGAUAGACUUGCAAUUCAAAGUGAUAAACAUGUACACGAAAAAUCAAAAGUAAAAAUAUUUGGGGAAAUGUAUGACAUUAUGGAUAGAGAAUACGAAAGUAGAGUUCGACAAGUGAGGCAUGACAUGGACGGCAGAUGUCGUCUGCUUGAGCAGAAGAGAGACGAGUAUAUGGAGCAGUUAGAAACAUGGAAAAACGACCUUAGACAGGACGUGGAUGACUUGGUGAAACAAAAUGAAGAUGCUCAUAAGCAGUUUAUCAAAGAUCUUUAUCAAAAGAAGAUAGUUGACCAAAUAGAUGGAACUUUGAAUGAAACGAAAGAGGGUCUUUUCGAAGAAAUGGAGAAACUACAAAGCGAGGUUAACUAUGUAUUUCAAACCAUGGAGGCAAAUGAACAGGCAGACGAAGAAGAGAUAUCAGGUUUAAAACAAUAUCUUGAAGAAGCAAUAGAAAAAAAUCAACAAAAUAUCAAAAGUAUUACAGACACAUUUAAAGAAAAGUUGGAACAAAAGUUAUGCAUUUGCUCCUUGAAUGCAGCAAGUCUGAAAACAUUUUCGUCAUCUAAAAACCUUGAAGAGAAUGUCAGUGCAAACAUUGAUGAACUUGAAAACAGAAUUGAGUCUCUGGCCAGGUUUGAAAUACAAUAUGAAGAAGAAGUAAUCGCCCACAAGAAAGCACAAGCGGAGCUUUUGAAGAUUAAACAAAAGGAGCACCAAAUGAACACAUGGUUGAAGUGGGCAACGCCAGCAAUAGACGACGAAGACAAAUGUCAAUGUUACAGGCAUGCUGUCGCCCGAAAAUAAACAUUUAUUUACUAAACUGCAUUUAUUUUGCCUUUCUAAAUGAUUGAACAAAGAAACCCGGAAGUCUAAACUUUGGAGGUUAAAAUUAUGUAAAACACUGAAGAUUUUGCAGGGUCGGUUUGGCUUGUUUAUUGACUGAAGUGAUUUAUGCAUGCUACACUACCGGCUCCAUUCACCGGCUGAACUGAAGAAGAGUAUUAUGUGUGCAAAAAUAAAAUUUAAGCGAUAAAAAAGAGAAAAACCGAAGGACAGACUGCUAACCCACAUUUUUUCUUUUCUUUCUUUUUUGAUAUCAUUAUAUUUACUAAUCAUGCUUUAAGUUAGUGUCAUUAAAGCCAUUGAAACAGUU